AUGAGGCAGCUGAACAAUGGCACGCUCAUCAUUCGUGUUGAGAAAGUUCCAUCACGGAGCGUUGGAGGCGUCGGAUUUGUCGUACACCCAUCUGUUGUCCAUCUUGUCGAUUCACAUGAGAUCCUAUCACCUCACCUGGCUAUCUUUUCGGCUCCGUCCUCUGCAUCAGAAAGCCAUUACUAUCAUCAACUGCUACUUUCCAACACGAGCAUCUGA